AUGGACGCGCCUCUAUUUGAUUGGAUGGAGAGUUGCAUUAUCGGUAGUCGGCCUCAAUGCAUACUUUCUUUCGCCAGUCCGGGGUUGUUACAUUAUUUCUCAGGAUGGCAGCCUUGUCACUCAACAUUCCCCCGCAUGCUUGUGCAGCCACCGUUUUAAUGCACCAACUUUCACGCCAGCACGCAUCUGAAACGACAGUGCGGAUGAAAACAUCAUGAGUUCGAUCGCGGAUUCUGCUUUACACGAGGAUGAGACACUGUGUACGCAGAUCCUGGAAACAAUCACUGCAGCUUCCCCACUCCAGAUAUUGCCAUCGAAGAUAUCAGGAGCCGGUAUUGGAUUGUUCGUCACGAAAGAUGUGGAUGAUGGCGAAGAGAUAUUCGGAUCAAAGCCACUAGUCAACUGCGUGGAUAAUGAGUUGCAGCGUUCUGUAUGUGACAACUGCUGUGCCUACCAACUUAGCACGGUACAUCCAAGCGGGCGCUUUCGCACUGCCGAAGAUGCAGAGCUGGAGAUGAAAGCUUGCAGUCGAUGUAAAGUUUGCUACUACUGUUCCAGAGCAUGCCAGAGAAAAGCUUGGAAAACCCAUCACAAACAUGAAUGCGAAUUGCUCAGCGAAACUCCCACCAUGCAUCCUCUUACCCGGGCGUUAUAUCGAAUACUUCUCAGCAUAAAGCAUAACAUUCUUUCAGGCGACCAACGGGCCGCGAUGCAAAGACUGACAUCCAACAUGCCAGAACUUCUUUCUUCAGACAAUGCAAAGCUUAUCGUCGGCGCCUCCGAGGCAGCCAGGUCCCGUACGAAAACCGAUCUCAGCUUUGCUGAAGUUGUCAGACUGUACUGCAUUGUACUGACCAACAGCGUUAGCAUCUUCCAACCAGAGGGAAGGAUGCUCGGCUCAAGCUUAGACGUCGUUGCGUCACUGAUGAACCAUUCCUGCGAUCCUAAUGCGUUCGUUGUGUUUGAAGGGAACUCGCUGCGUGUGCGUUCCCUGCGAAAAUUACGGGGCGGGGAGGAAAUCACGCAGUGUUAUGCAGACGUGAAUAUGGACGUUUUAAUCCGUGGGCGAAAGUUGAAAGACAGCUACAACUUCGAUUGCCACUGCGAAAGGUGUGAAAAGGAACUGAAAGCCCACGAGGAGCGAACCCCCGGCAUGAUCCCGCAAAUGGAGCAGACCCAACAUGACCUCAUCGACCGCAGCAACGAAGCCAUCCGUCUCAUCAACAUCGAUACUCUCUCCACCGAUGCCCACAACCUAGCGAGUCGAAUCUUCCCCAACGGAAAAUGGCCAGAGGACCUCCAGCCCUGGCCCACUCUGCACAUAUCGCAGUCCCGCGUCAGCAAAGCCCAAGGCUCCCUAGUACCCGCCCUGAAGUACGGCGUCAAAGGCUAUCUGUUCCAGGAACGCCGCAUCGGACCAUCCUGGAUCCACGAUCUCCUCGAGUUCUUGCAGGUCAUUUCGAGAAUGCUCGUGGCGCCCAAGGGAGACAUACCGUUUGGGAAGGAUGGGUUUCCAAGCGAAGUGCAGUUGUGGACUAUACUGCAUGGGCACUUGCGUGAGCUUGCGCUUGGUGCGACGAGGACGUUUGGGGAGAGGACGGCGUAUAGUCAGGCGAUUGGAGCGUGGUAUUCGGGCUCUAUAGCUGAGGAGGAGGGACCUAAGCCGGGGACGACGGCGUUUGCGAACAGGUUUAAGCGGGCGCAGGGAGUGUUGCUUGCUUGGGCUGGGGUGGAUGAGAGUAGGGGAAUUGUUCUCACUUGAAAGCACAGAGCAGGAUGCUAAGUCUUUGCUAUGAUAUUGUGCACAAUUACAUUGAUGUUGUUGCAGGAUAGUCAUAUGGAUUCUACAAGCUACGCCAGCUUUUCAAAUUGACAUUGGCAAAAGAUUCAAUUCAACAUAAAA